CAUUUUUCAUACACGUCGUUAUGACACGAAGCUUGGUUAUCGCAGCUGACAACAUCAGUGCUUUUGCAAAGGUAGUUCAUUACUAAACUUCCCUCUUGAGACAAACAGAGUUCUUCUCCAUCUUCAUAACAAAGAGUGUUUGAAGAGAAAAGUGUUAUUUAAUAAUAUGAAGACAUCCCAGUUAAUCACAGUAUCCUUGUUGCUCUUUUCCGCCUGUUUCCUAAACCACAUUAGAGCAGAUUGUGAUAGAUCUUUUGGUCCAGCCGGAACAGUGCAUUGCGUUAAGUUUCUUCGUUAUAAUGACUAUCAGUGGACCAUAUGUCGUACCGACAGAUACAUCAAAGCAAAAUCGUAUGGGAGACACCGGUGCGCAGACCAAACAAGAACCUACUGCCAUUACCAAUGCAUGCUUGAUGUACACGAGAAAAAUAACGGCGCUGUUUUUUCCGACUGCAAGUGUUCCCCCAGUGCCCCUCCUCCGACAGAAGGUAUUAAACUACCAUCAUGGUGCUACAGUCCUGAUGGAACCAGCUGCAACUGGUACAGGGAGUGUCUCAACAAAGCCUACCCUGCGUGUGAAGGUGGUGAAGAUGAUUACGCCAUCGGGUUUGCAGACAAGUUUUGCAAUCUUUACAAAAAGAGCUACAAAGAUUUCUCUCAAAAAGCACAGCGCUGGGUUGACGCUGUACGAAAAUGCCUUCAACUGAAAUUGGUUCCUUUGGUAGACAAAACACAAGAAAAAACAUGCGCUGAACUAAAAUCUGUAGCUUUUGAAACACAUACACCCUGCUACCUUAACCCACUGGACGAUUCUUCCUUAUCAUUCUGCGACCUGUCUUAUACAGACCGAUGGACAGUGUUUUGGACCAUCAAAUCAGCAUUUACUGACGCUUUUUCCUCCAGUUUGAAAGGUAUGCGUGAUAUGAUAGCGGGGUGCGCAGGAACAGAUGUUCAAAAAGCAGUUGAAAAAGUCAAGGAGACAAUAGAAUGGAUAGUAGAUCUUCCAACACGUAUCACAACUUGGGUGACGGAAAUGGAUGAUGUUCAGCCAAUUCAACUUGACCUGUCUAUCGAAAUCGACGACUUGCCUAAACGAAAAAAGCGCUCAAUCAGAGAUGACCAAGAAACUGAAAGAUCACAACUUGCUGGAAAGAUUGUUGAUGCACUAGCCGUGAGACAGGAAUGGCAGAAUAGAAACGUUUCCUGGUUUGCUUAUGCAAACAACAAGACGACAGACGACAACAACACAAUGUCCAUCCGAUUCCUUCUGGCUGAUCGUUAUAAAUACGAAGGCGUUGACAAUGGAACAUUGUUCUCGAACCAACCAACAAACCUCACUGAAGUUUUGAUAAAACUAACCGAAGACGUUUUGAAUAGAAAAAUUGACUUAAAAGUUGAUGGUAAGGAUGUUAACAUCAUGAAAUUGAAUGGCUGCUUGGAUUGGGAUUGUGAAGUACUUGCAUUUAACAUCACAUCUCCGAGAAAAAUUGGGUCUUCCUCCCCAGUCCCUUCUUCAGCUCUUUCUUCCAAGGUUCUCGCAUUUCUUGCCAUUUUAGUUGCGAGCUAUAUACCUGUCUAUGCAUGAAUAUUGCACUAGUGCCAUAAUUAGUCUUAAGCUAUGGCACCUUGUUUAACAAUAUACCGUAUAGCUUUUAUAUAACCAAGGAGCAGCGUGGUAGCGUCUUCAAACAACUUAGCAUCAAAUGUAGGCAGUUGUUAUACCACAUUUGAUGCGUAUAGCUUUUAGUAGAAGUAUUUGUGUUAUAGCAUUCAUAAAACUAGCUGAACUAUAAUUUGUAGUAAGUUUUUCUAAAUGUAAUUCUCACAUGUAUCACAUUGCUGAAGAAUAAAACACGUCAGUA